GCAGCAGUGCAGUGCGGACGUCGCCACCGUCGCCAGCAGCAUCGCGCUGCUCCCCUCUCCUCGGGGCUCUCUCGUUUUCGCUCCAUUGUCUUCCCCCACUUGGGGGGUGUCGCGUAAAAUAAGAAAAAAUAAAAAAAAAACAGAUAAACAAAUAUUGGGCAAGCACAUUGGAACAGCGCAAUUGAGGCGAAACAGGAAAACGAAAAUAAUUCGAUGGAUUAAAUAGCUCGACGAAAGUGCGAGAAUUGAUGGAAAAACAAAUGUUAGAACUGAAAUAUCGCACCGGCUGACUGCCAACGAAAAAAGCAAACGUUAACGUUCGCGUGGUUUUUGUGGCUGUUUCGGUGCACGAAAACUCGUGUUCGUAAGUGUGCGAUCGACCAGAGCAUGUGAAAAGCAUACAGAAUAAAGGAGAAAUAUAAAUUUAUAGAAAAAGAGAAGGAAAAAAUCAAAGAAAAUGGAUACGAGAUCGGAGGGGGGAAUAAUUUGUGCGUGAUUAAUAAAUUAUAUAAUUGGGAGGAAAAACAAAAGUGACAAUUGAUAAAUUGAAAAAGUUGAGACCUGGCAGAUUUGAUUUCGUGAUUGCUACAUCGAGAUAUAUUCGUCGAUUAAAAAAUUGUGAACGCAUAAUAUUGAAAUAAAAUACCGAUGACAAUGAUUAUUCUUGGAAAUAAAAUAUCAUAGAAAUAAAAAUAAUGUGGAGCCUGGAGGUUCAUCUCGAGAGCUUAUCGACGAAGAGAAUCUCGUCGCGAGUUUUCACGAUGUUUUUGAAGCGAGAGCCUGGCAACAGUGACCCAAGAAAUUCCACGAUUCUCUCGCACUUUAUCUCCAAGUUUGCAUAAUACCAAAAAUUGGACUCUACUUGAAAAAAAUCAAAAUAAAUGAAAUAAAAAAUGCGCAAAUUCCUUUUCGCUCUGAAGAACGAAAAUAAAUGCGCAACUGACAAUCGUGCCAAAUUUUUUCCACGAGAUCGAUCGAUUACGUGAGAUGAAUCAUGAUUCAGAUCGAACCGAAAUGAAAAACAAACACUUCUAACAUCACUUUUUGAAAAAAGGAGGUCGGGAGGGGGAAAAGCAUCGAGAGUGAGAGUCGAAAGAUCGGUUGGUAACGAUAUCGCGUAUGGAUAAUCUCGAGACAGCUGAUAAAACUCGAACGAGUGCGUGUGACAGUGGAAAACAAGUGAAAAAAAUCAAUGACCGUCCUGGUGUUUACACGAGAAAGUUUAGCCGAUUUUUAAAUUUGACAUUAGAGCUUCGGUCAGAGGCGAUCGCUCGGUUUCAUAAUGGAGGCAUUACGACUAGCAAUUCAGACGAGGCUCGGGGAGAGGAUGGUCAGUAUGAGCUCAAUGCUCGUCGAGACAGUGAGCAUUAAUUAUGAGGAUUUCAACGAGAGUUUCCUCACGUGCGGGACGUGCCUUUGCGUUUACGACGGUAGCGAGCACACCCCCAAACUUUUGCCAUGCUCCCAUACAGUGUGCCUGCAUUGUUUAACGAGGAUAGCGGCGUCGCAAACUCGCGAGGCCGGUGCUUUUCGCUGUCCGAUAUGCCGGGAAUUGAUAACAAUACCACGCGGCGGUGUUCCGGCACUGCCACCGAGUUUUCUCGUAAAUCAACUUCUGGAUUUGAUGUCACGACAGCGUCGCGAGGUGAUUCCAAAAUGUUCGGUUCACAACAACCAAGAAUUGUUGUUUUGCGAGACGUGCGACACGGUUUUUUGUACGGUAUGCACCGGUGGAAGUCACGCAGGCACGUCGCCUGGCUGCACCGAGCACACGAUUAUUCCAUUCAGCAUUGCGAUCAAGCGCAUGUCCGAAAUAUUGUUGUACAAAGCGAACGAGUGCAUUUCGAAGCUGACGCAAGCUCAAGAAUCGGUUACAACGGAAUUGAGGCGUUUGGACACGGCGAUGGAGAGAUGCUUGAGCGUCGUGGACGCGGAAUUUGCUGAAAUAAUAAGCAAAGUCGAAAAACGGAGGGCCGAACUGCAGGCGGCGGUUACCGCCGCCGCGAGGGACAAAAAACACGUUCUUGAGGAGCAACACGCUCUGAUCGAGGCCGAGAAGAACAAAGUUCAACGAGAGUGCGAAGGUUUGCAGUAUCAGGUCGAGGUACGAAAUAUAACGCAAAGAAUAGGGAGCCUGACCGAUCAGCUGGACGCGGCGGUGGCGCUGAGCGAACCGCGGGAAAAUGCCUUCAUAACUGCCGAAUUUGGUCACAACGAUUCGAUGACGGAAUUGGAGCGUGCCCUCGGCUCAUUCGGCCGUGUCAGAUCGAGCACGACGUUGCCAGGUCUGUGUCGCGCGAGUCUGAAAGACCCUGCAAUAGCCAAACUGCAAGCUACGGUCGUCGUCGAAACGGUAGAUUAUCACGGUCACCCGCGAAACGCUGGCGGCGAUCCGAUCGGCGCGGAACUGGCCCUUGCCGACCCGAUAAACCCGAACGAGACUAAUUCUGCUACCAUCGAGACUGAAGUUCGCGACCUCGAAAACGGAACUUACGAAGUUUUGUUUCGACCACCUUCCGCCAGUCGAUACGUCCUCAAACUGUCCGUUUUCGAAAGACCCAUCAAAGAUUAUCCACUCUUUUUUAACGCUACCGAACACAACGAACCCAUCAAAACUUAUGGCCGACGGGGCAGCGGCAAAGACGAAUUUCAUCAACCCGUUGCUGUCGCUGUCGAUGACGAUGCUCUCGUUUAUGUCGUCGAUACCGGAAAUUCACGUAUCAAAGUUCUCGACGAAAAUCUCGAAUUUCAAAAGCACAUUACGAACGAGGGUUUGGAAGGUCGAAGUUGCACGGGAAUUGCAGUUUCCGAGCAGGGCCUCGUCGUCGUUAAUUGGCGAACGCGAACUGUCACGGAAAUGAACACUUUGGGCGACACCAUACGCUCAUUUUCCCACAAUGCAUUUCAGGAACCGAUCGACGUGGCAGUGGACAGAAGUUACGGUCACGUUCUCGUUGCCGACAACGGUCAAAGUUGCGUUUUCGUUUUCGACUCGGACGGAAAGAUUCUCUUCCAGGUGAGAGUUGGAAAACGGAGCAUGUUCAAGUUAAUAAGCGCAGUGACGGUUGGCCCGGCCGGAGAAAUUUUACUCGCGGAUUCUCGGAUCCAAGUUUUCUCGGCAAAGGGUGACUUUUCCGAAGAGAUCUACGGCGAGGGUCGAAAAAAAGGAAAAUACGGAGGAAUAGCGGUGGACGUGGAAGGAAAAAUCGUGGCGUCGAGGAGCGACAAGGGUCGAAGCAUAAUUCAAGUGUUGAAGCUCGGAGGUGGUAAUUUAUUGACGGAGAUCGAUUCGCACAGUUCGAAAUUACGACGUCCAACCGGGAUCGCGAUACUUCCCGGAAAUUAUUUGGUCGUCGUCGAUUUGGGCAACGAUUGCAUUAAAAAAUACAGGUAUUGGUGAAUCCAGGAAAGAAAACACAAAAGCGUUAUAUUAAUGAAGAUUAAAUGGAGCGAAAAUGAUAUUAAAUUAACACGGUUCACUGCCCGUUUCGUCGAAAAAAGACGAAAAGCGUAAACGUAGAUUUUCCUUUUUUAACUACAAAUAAUCGUAGAAAGAGUGAAAGGAAAAAAGGAAAAAGAAUUCCAAAUAUCGAGAUCGAGGGCAAUUCGCGAUUUUGAAUGUUUCACAGACGAUGAAAUUUUCACUGUACAAUUAUUGUACAGAAACGAUGAAAGAUAAGAAAGGCUUGUACAUAUAUUUUUUCAGUAUUAAUAAUUAGCAAAACUUAUGACAAGAGUGAAACAGGAGGAAAGUGAUUGGAAGUAAAAAAACGAACUAAACUACAGAAUGAACAAAAACAUGAAAAAAAUAGCUAACAAAUUCGAUUGUUCAAAGUCACGAAAUUCAAUCAAUUUUUUUCUAUCAUUACGUUUUUUUUUAAUAGAAUUAUUGAAAAGUUUCAAUUUUAAUCGCCAUUCGAUUAAUAACUGACACGAGGGCGCCAUAUUAAUGCGGAAAAUCGGUGAACUGACAAGUUAGUCCCAUUUUCCAUUGCGACGCAUGGGGCAACCGAUUCGUCAGUCAUCGAUAGCCUGCGUAUUUUUAAUUUACACGUAAAGACCUAGUCUUUUUAACGUUGGAGAGAUGAGCGUGUUUUCACCGUUAAAAAAUGAAAUUUUAAGGUAAUAAAAAUCAAAUAAUUCGUCACUGGGAAGCUCAAAUAUUUCACGAUCAUUUCGUGAAAUUCUGUGUCAUUCUAAAUGUUUUCGUUGGUUCCACGUGGCGAAGUUUUACUUAAAGAAUCUCAGUUCACUCGUUUACGUAUGUAUCGUUUCGUUCUUAACUUUUGCGUACAUCUCUCAACUGUAAUUUUACUGCAGUUUUUCGAAAUCUCGUCCAUGUUGUCUGCGGUGAUUUUCGUUUCCGGAAUAACUGCGCGACAAUUCAUUUUGGAAUUGUAACAAUUUUUCUUUGCAUAAGUACACAUAAAACGUCAGAAAAGCACUAGGGAAUUAACCGAAAAAUAUCUGCGAUAGAUCGUUGGAGUUGGGACUUUUGAAAUCGUGAAAACGAUUUUUUCGCCAAGUCUCAAUUUGUUCAGACUUGUGGUUACUUUGUUUUUUCGUUACUUUUUCUAUAACUUAGAAGAAUAAUGAGCAAAACGACGUGUACGAUAAAUGGCCAGAGACAUAUUUGUAAAUAUAUUUAACUGAGGACGCGCAAAACAAUCCGACGAGAGUAACGUUUUACUCUCCGUUGCGUGAGGAAACAAAAGAGCGACGUAUGUUUUCCUCGUAGGUCUAACCGCGUCUCUCGCAGUCCUAAAAACGUCCUACGUAUUGUAAUAAUGAAAACGAAAAAUGUAAGCGAACGUUUGUUGUCGACUGGGCAAGAAGAACGUGUGCAUCGUGUUCGACUUCAUUCGACUGAUUAUUCGAUUUUUUAUUUUUUUUUUUAUUUUCGUAGUUUCUUCUCUCGUUGUUUUGUCUUUUCGUAACGGUAUUUUUAUAAUCUAGUCACGAACGCAUACAAUCACGAUUUAUUCAUUAAUGUACUCGAUGGACUGUUGUCAACCAUGUUUAAAAAGUAUGCAGUCGGAGGAACGAAAAACGCGUAAUUCUUGCAGUGUAUAAUUAUUAAAUCUACUGCGAUUGAAAUAGUACUCUGUCCUGUAAAUAAAACCGAGCUUCGUUCUAUAA